ACAUCUUUUUUUGGUUCAAAAGAGAAUUUAUUAAGGUAGGGAACAACGAGCUUAGCGAUUAAUGACUUGAUUUUUCAUUAAUUUCCACGACCCACCUAUUACGUAUUUUCCAAUUCCACAGACUUAGACUUUUUCUAUUUCUUUAUACAUAUAUAUAAAUCCCCCUGGACUCUUGUCUUUUAACCUGCAGAAAAACUGAACCACUGAAAGUGAAGACAAAUAUAAAGAGCUAUCAAAAGGUUCUUUUUUUCACAAAAUGGGGUCUCUUGGAUUGAAUUAUGAAAAGGGAAAUGAAGAAAUGGAAUUGGAAUUUGAUCCAAGUGCACCACCUCCAUUUAAGUUAUCUGAAAUUCGAGCUGCUAUUCCUAAGCAUUGUUGGGUUAAAAAUCCAUGGAAAUCACUAAGUUACGUUUUUAGAGAUUUUACUAUUGUUGCUGCAUUGGUUGCCAUAGCCAUUUUUUUGGAUAGUUGGAAAUUUUGGCCACUUUAUUGGGUUGCUCAGGGUACUAUGUUUUGGGCAAUCUUUGUUCUUGGACAUGAUUGUGGACAUGGAAGCUUUUCAGAGAGUGCAUUUCUUAAUAGUGUGGUUGGACACAUUCUUCAUUCUUCUAUCCUUGUACCCUAUCAUGGAUGGAGAAUCAGCCAUAGAACUCACCAUCAAAACCAUGGAAAUGUUGAAGCUGAUGAAUCUUGGGUGCCGAUGCCAGAAAAACUAUAUAAAGAACUGGAUUUUGCUACCAAAUUUUUUAGAUUCAAGAUUCCUUUUCCCUUGUUAGCAUACCCUAUGUACUUGAUAAGCAGAAGUCCAGGGAAAAAAGGUUCUCAUUUUAAUCCAUAUAGUGAUUUGUUUCAACAUCACGAGAGAAAAUAUGUCAUAACAUCAACAUUAUGCUGGACUGUUAUGGUGGCUUUCCUCUACUAUCUUUAUACUGUUAUCGGCUCUCUUCAACUGUUUAAGCUUUAUGGAAUUCCUUAUAUGAUUUUUGUUAUGUGGUUGGAUUUUGUCACAUAUUUACACCACCAUGGCCAUGAGCAGAAUUUACCUUGGUACCGUGGCAAGGAGUGGAGUUAUCUAAGAGGAGGAUUAACAACAAUUGAUAGAGAUUAUGGCUUGUUUAAUAACAUUCAACAUGAUAUUGGCACCCAUGUUAUUCACCAUCUUUUUCCUCAGAUACCACAUUAUCACCUCGCCGAAGCGACUAAAGCGGCAAAGCCGGUACUUGGGAAGUAUUAUAGGGAGCCAAAAAAAUCAGGAAUAAUUCCAUUUCAUUUGAUUGGAAAUUUAGUGUCAAGUAUGAAGCAGGACCAUUUUGUUAGUGACAAUGGAGAAAUUGUUUACUAUCAGACUGAUCCACAACUGCUCAAAUUAUUUGGGAAAAAGGCUGAGUAACUCUUUUCCAGCCUAAUAUUUAUUACAGAAAUAUAAUUUCUAAUCAACAAUUAUUUCCAAAUAAUUUCCUUUGUUCAGAAACUUAGUUUGAUGGCUGUAUGGUUUUACAAGGAGGCAAACUAUUAAAGAGAAUAUUGAGGGGGGCUUUGGCUGUUUAUUGUAAUAUUUUUGCUCUUAAUACUUUUCCCUUUAAAAAAUAUUGCCUUAGUUUUGGCGUUUAUUGUU